UUUUGGAAGAGAAAGGACCGGGUCCCCAAGCCGCAGGAGGAGGGCCCGCGAUGGAGCCCGCAGCCCGGGGUCGCGCCCCACCCUGAGCGCCCCGCCGACGGCCAUGCUGCCCCGAGGGCGCCCCCGGGCGCUGGGGGCCGCCGCGCUGCUGCUGCUGCUGCUGCUGCUGCUUCUGAUCGGAUUCUUCCUGCUCGGCGGGGACCUGGAGUGUGCGCGCCGCGCGCGGGGCGGCCCGGGCUCCUUCCCCUGUGCGCUGACGCCACGUAUCCCCCCCGACGGGCGGCCGCGGGGGGCUGCUGCCCUCGACCGACGCCCGCAGACGGACCGCGGGGCCCACAACCGCUCGGACUGCGUCCUGCCGCGGCCGCUGCCUCUGCCUCCCAAGUGCGAGCUUUUGCACGUGGCGAUCGUGUGUGCUGGACACAACACCAGCCGAGAUGUCAUCACGCUGGUCAAGUCCUUGCUCUUCUACAGGAAAAACCCACUGCACCUCCACUUGGUGACCGAUGCCGUGGCCAGGAACAUUCUUGAGACGCUCUUUCACACAUGGAUGGUGCCCGCUGUCCGUGUCAGCUUCUAUGACGCUGAUGAGCUCAAGCCCCAGGUCUCCUGGAUCCCCAACAAGCACUACUCUGGCCUCUACGGGCUAAUGAAGCUAGUGCUGCCCGGUGCCCUGCCUCCUGACCUGGCCCGUGUCAUUGUCCUGGACACAGAUGUCACCUUCGCCUCCGACAUUGCAGAGCUCUGGGCACUCUUUGCUCACUUUUCUGACGAGCAGGUGAUCGGUCUCGUGGAGAAUCAGAGCGACUGGUACCUGGGCAACCUCUGGAGGAACCACAAGCCCUGGCCUGCCUUGGGCAGGGGAUUUAACACAGGUGUGAUCCUCCUGUGGCUGGACCGGCUUCGGCAGGCGGGCUGGGAGCAGAUGUGGAGGCUGACAGCUACACAGGAGCUCCUCGCCCUGCCCGCCACCUCGUUGGCCGACCAGGACAUCUUCAAUGCUGUGAUCAAGGGGCACCCGGCACUGGUGCAGCCCCUGCCCUGUGUCUGGAAUGUGCAGCUGUCUGACCACACGCUGGCCGAGCGCUGUUACUUGGAGGCGGCUGACAUCAAGGCGAUCCACUGGAACUCACCCAAGAAGCUGCGUGUGAAGAACAAGCAUGUGGAAUUCUUCCGCAACCUCUACCUGACCUUCCUGGAGUACGAUGGGAACCUGCUGCGGAGAGAGCUCUUCGGGUGCCCCAGCCCGCGCCCACCUGAGGCUGAGCAGCUGCAGCAGGCCCUGGCACAACUCAGCGAGGAAGAUGCCUGCUUUGAGUUCCGGCAGCAGCAGCUCACUGUGCACCGUGUGCACAUCACUUUCUUGCCCCAUGUGCCACCGCCUCCCCGGCCCCACGAUGUCACCCUUGUGGCUCAGCUCUCCAUGGACCGGCUGCAGAUGCUGGAGGCCCUGUGCAGGCACUGGCCGGGCCCCAUGAGCCUGGCCUUGUAUCUGACAGACGCAGAAGCCCAGCAGUUCCUGCGUUUCGUCGAGGCCUCCGCGGUGCUCUCUGCCCGGCAGGAUGUGGCCUACCACGUGGUGUACCGUGAGGGUCCCCUCUACCCCAUCAACCAGAUUCGCAACGUGGCCUUGGCCCAGGCCCUCACGCCUUACGUUUUCCUCAGCGACAUUGACUUCCUGCCUGCCUACUCCCUCUACGACUACCUCAGGGCCUCCAUCGAGCAGCUGGAGCUGGGCAGCAGGCGGAAGGCAGCCCUGGUGGUGCCAGCAUUCGAGACCCUGCACUACCAGUUCAGCUUCCCCACUUCCAAGGCUGACCUGCUGGCCUUGCUAGACGCUGGCUCUGUCUACACCUUCAGGUACCACGAGUGGCCCCGGGGUCACACACCCACAGACUAUGCCCGCUGGCGGGAGGCUCAGGCCCCAUACCGUGUGCAAUGGGCCGUGGACUACGAGCCCUAUGUGGUGGUACCCCGGGACUGUCCCCGCUAUGACCCCCGCUUUGUGGGCUUUGGUUGGAACAAGGUGGCCCACAUCAUGGAGCUGGACGCACAGGAAUACGAGUUCCUGGUGCUGCCAGAGGCCUUCACCAUCCACCUGCCACACACCCCAAGUCUUGACAUCUCCCGCUUCCGCUCCAGCACCACCUAUCGAGACUGCCUGCAGGCCCUUAAGGACGAGUUCCUCCAGGACUUGUCCCGCCACUAUGGGGCUGCUGCCCUCAAAUACCUCACUGCCCUGCAGCAGCCCUGACCUCCCGGGGCUGGGCCUGUGUGGCUCUCCGCUGCCCCUGGCCUCGGCUCUCACUCACUCCGUUAUUUAAAUUAUUUAAGGUCUCUGUGGGAAGGGCUGCGGUGGAGCAUCUGGGGUGGGGCCUGGGGCCUCCCUAUGCUGUUCUGUCACUGGGGUCUGUUCUCCCUCUGCCCCAGCUGGUUUGGGGCUGGUUCCCUCAUCCUCAACGGUACACCUCUUUUUCAUAAUUAAUGUUUUAAAAGCUCUGUUUCAUGUUCUUCUUGGUUUGGGGCGUGAGGGCGUCCAUGGGCCCAGGGAGUGCCUGGGAGGUCCUGAGUCUUGCUGGAGUCAUAGCAGGGCCCGGCCUCCCCCCAGAGGCUGUGACUGGAGUGUGUCUUGCCCUCCCUCCCUGGCCCCAAACCCAACACCAUGAGGCUGAGAGACUUUAUUUGGCUUUAUUUAGUAAAAUGUUAAAAUAAAUAAAUACAAAUUGAUCAGCUGCUCUGUAUCCCCCCCCACCCCCUCAAAACAAAAAAAUCAAACAAACAAAAACUUUGAAGCACAAAACUCCAAAUACAAGUUCUACCAAGACUGAGAUCA